UGGGUGUACUGAUUUAAUAUAUUUUCCAAUCCUUCAGUUCCCCUGCACCUUCAUCUCCGGUACCUUUCUUCACUCGGACGAGCUGAGCGAUGGGCGUGGCCGGCGAGUUCGCGGUCAUUCUCUUAGUCCUGUCGGCAAUGGUGCUCAUGCUGCUUGCGUCACUUGCUUCGUCCAAUUCCGAGGGUGACGCACUCUACGCUUUCAGACGGAGCCUCUCUGACCCCGAAAACGUGCUGCAGAGCUGGGAUCCUACGCUUGUCAAUCCCUGCACUUGGUUCCAUAUCACCUGCAACCAGGACAAUCGCGUCACCAGACUGGAUCUAGGCAAUUCAAACUUGUUGGGCCAGCUUGUGCCUGAGCUUGGAAAACUCGAACAUUUGCAAUAUUUAGAACUUUACAAAAAUGAUAUUCAAGGAACCAUUCCUUCAGAACUUGGCAACUUGAAGAAUUUGAUAAGCUUGGACUUGUACAACAACAAUAUUUCAGGGUCUAUUCCUCCUGCGUUGGGGAAAAUGAAGUCUCUAGUAUUCUUACGGCUAAACGACAACAAGCUAAGUGGGAGAAUCCCAAGAGAGCUGUCUGCUGUUAGGAGUCUCAAAGUUGUAGAUGUUUCCAACAACAAUCUUUGUGGCACUAUUCCCACUACUGGUUCAUUUGAGCACAUUCCUUUAAACAAUUUUGAGAACAAUCCUCGUUUGGAAGGGCCCGAGCUACUUGGUCUUGCAUCCUACGACACAAACUGCUGAAGGCACAAGGGGCGAUGUGCAAAACAUGAAUUACAACUUUUAAAAAAAUGGUCCAUCUUAUAAUACAUAAUCUUAGCUAUAAAUAUAUGUUUGUGAGCAACUGGAGGAACUGCAUUUCCUUAAUUUGUAUGUAGAUAGUAGGCUUAUACACUGAUAUGUAAUUUUGUGUUGAAGAAAACUAGCUAAUUAGCUAACUACUUUGUUCUAUUAAUUAUGGUGUUUGCUCGUGAAA